AUGACAGAUCCAUAUCGAGUUGGCGAUCCGCCGUAUCAAUCGCAAUACGAAGCUUUUGGAAAGCUCUUUGAUAAAGGCGACAUAGAAAAGUGCAUUGCAGAUGCCAAGUACAACCUGAGUAACAAUACUCUGCCACCUUACUACAUUGUUAGGAACUGCAUUCUAAUUGCAUGCGCUCUUGACGACUGGCAAGAUGACGAUGUAUACAGGCUUACUGCUGAACAGGCCUAUCUUACAAGCCUGGAUGAAGCAAGACGAAAAAAAGAUUCACUCUCUCUCGAAGCACUGCAGGACUUGCGAGAAGAGCUUGACCAGCUGAACGAAUUUCGCAGCGAGGACAUUGCGGCCAUAGUGAGUGCGUACAUCGGAGACGGAGUGAUGGACGUGGAUACGAACACCGACGACGAGGAGAUGGACUAUGAUGAUUCGGAUGAUGCAGCCAAGUUUGAAGAGCAAGAGGCAGCUGCGUCGGCAGAGAACAAAGAUGAGCUGGCCGAGAACACGUCUCUCCCGAUUCGCGCUGCAAGCGAAAAUGCCAUCGCUGACCCAUCAAACCCGAGGCUGCCGUACCUGCUCUGA